UCCUCCUAGGACAAACACAAAAGUUGUCGCCAACUUUUUGAAGCCUAAUUAACAAAUAUCGGGCACCAGCUUCCUGUUUUUAACCAAAACUGUGCUUAAUUAUGGCUUCUAGCUUCAGAAUUCUGUCAGUCCUGGCUAUUGCCCUUGCCAUCUGUGUGCAAGGUACUCUAGGAGAAAUAGCAUGUGAACAUCUUGACCAAGACACAUGUGCCUAUGCAAUCUCAUCGGCCGGCAAGCGUUGCGUGCUCGAGAAACGCGUGAAAAGGACCGGAGAAGAAGCAUACACCUGUCGCACAUCCGAAAUUGAGGCUGAUAGAUUAAGGAACUGGAUUGAGACAGACCAAUGCAUCAAAGCAUGUGGACUUGACAGAAAAUCACUUGGAAUCUCAACAGAUUCUCUCCUCGAGUCUCGCUUUGCACAACAACUUUGCUCUCCUCAGUGCUACGAUAGCUGCCCUAACGUUAUCGAUCUUUACUUCAACCUUGCUGCUGCUGAAGGAGUGUUUCUCCCCAAAUUAUGCGAGGCACAAGAAGGAAAUGCAAGAAGAGGAUUGAUGGCUGAUAUCAAAAGUUCUGGUUUUGUUGCACCAGGACCAGUGAAGUACACAGUUGCCCCAGCACCAGUUGAACCAGUAAAAUACACAGUCUCCCCAGCAAUGUCACCUUAUUAUAAUUAAACCUUUUGAAAGGGAAAGGAAAGGAAUUAAUCAAGAGUAUACAUGUAUGUGUGUGGCCAUAGAUACUAGCUAGGCAGCAAAUUACAAAUACAAUAAGGGAGUGCACCAAUUCAGUAGCCGGCCGGCCUGAGUAGUCCACCAUUUGUAGUAUUUCGUGUGCAUAUAUACUAGUGUGUGCUGUGCCAAUUAUUUGAAUCACACUAAGGUGCUGCCCAGAUGUUGUUUAAUUAUAGGUAGAUUUGGGUGUGUUUUGUGUAUUAUUUUUAUAUGAUUGAAUUUGCCUAUGAGCAACGCAUACAGAUAUAUGAAUAUUGUAUCCAAUAUAUAAUUAAUAAACUUGUUUUGAUUAUA